AUGAGUGGUAAUUCGACCAGCGGUGAUCAUGCUGAUGGACUCUUAAAAUGCGCCAAUGGGGACUUCAACAUCUAUGGUCUAGACCCGUCCCCUGUAGCGGCGGGUGUAUUUGCUGUAUUAUUUCUCAUCCUGGCUUGUGGCCAUAUCUUUCGAACAAUCCGAUCGAAGCAGUGGUUCAUGAUAACAAUGAUUGUUGGGGCCGGCUUCGAAAUCGGCGGCUUUGGUGUACGGGUAAACGGACACAAUGACCCGUGUACUCUAGGCCCUUUCAUCAUACAAUACCUUCUAAUUCUCCUGGCGCCGUCGAUUUUCUCAGCCACCGUCUACAUGAUCCUGGGAAGGACGAUCAGAGCAGUGCACGGCGAAGCUUUGUCCCCAAUUCGAUCCACGUGGUUGACCAAGAUCUUCGUCAUUGGUGAUGUCUCAUGCUUCCUGAUUCAAUGUCUGGGAGGUGGCAUGCUGGCCAGUUCCAAGGGUGAUAAGAAGAAGUCGGAUCUGGGCAAGAUUAUCAUUUUGGCCGGUCUCGUUUUGCAGUGCAUCAUGUUCGCAAUAUUCCUGAUCGUAACCUUUGUCUUCAAGAAGCGUCUGACCAGGCAACCAACGGCGACUGCAAAACGCCCGGAGAUGCAGUGGCUCACCAUGAUUCAUGUCCUCUACGUGGUGAGCUUGCUCAUCUUGCUUCGAAACUUGUUCCGUGUUAUCGAAUACGCUUCUGGGGAGGAUGGCUACCUGCUCACUCAUGAAUGGCCAAUGUACCUCUUUGACGCCUUUCUCAUGCUUGUCGUGGUUUCGAUUCUACUAUGGUGGUUUCCUACCUUGAUUCGACCGCCAAAUGCUUACAUGUUGGACAAUUUGGAGGGACAAAUGCCUCUGACCAAUAAUGGUGGCAAUACGCAGUACAAGAACCUGUCGGAUCGUUCGCCUUCUCCCCUCCCUUAUCGCCCGGGGUACCCAUCAUCAGGGUAUCACUAG